AUGAUAUUUCGUUUUACAUAUCCGAUACCAUUGAUUACAACAGUUUUAAAUAAUGAUUAUCGUCGACGACCUGAAUGUACAUGUUAUAGACAUCAAUUACCUCCAUUAGAUUUUAAUUUAACAUCAAAUCUCAUUGAAAAUAAAUCUCCUCUUUGUAGUGAUUAUGCUACUCGACGUGGACCACAUCAACGUAUUAUUUCUAUUAGUCUUUAUGGACCAAAAGAAAAUAAAAUGUUUCAAUAUAAUCAAUCACUGACUUUUUUAAAUGAACUUAUUAAUGAUAUAAAUAUAAUUUAUCCUGAUGAUUUUACAUUACGUAUUCAUCAUGAUGAUACAAUUACUCUAACAGAUGUUAUAUGUCCUAUAGAAUGUCAAAAUCCAAAUGUUGAUUUUUGUAGUAUGAAUUCUAAACUUUUUAUUCCACCAAAAGUCUGGCGUUUUAUACCUGCUGGUGAUCCACUUGUUGAUAUUAUGAUGAGCCGUGAUCUUGAUUCAGCAUUAACACAACGUGAACGUGCAGCUGUUAAUGCAUGGCUUGCUUCCAAUAAAUCAUUUCAUGCUAUGCGUGAUCAUCCAAUGCAUGGAGUACCUAUGCUUGGUGGAAUGUGGGGUUUUCGACCUUCACUUAAUCCAACAAUGUCUCGUCUCAUACAUAAUAAAAUUCAUGAUCGAAAUUUAAUAAAACGUUAUGGUGGUCGUGAAGAUCAAACAUUUCUUGCCCGUGAAGUAUGGCCACAAGCGAAAUCAAGUAGCAUUGUUCACGAUAGUUUUCUUUGUAAAAAUAAUUAUGGUCAAAAACCAGAACCAUUUCCAACACAACGUCCAUCUGCAAAUGAAACAGAUUGUUUUAUAGGUUGUCCACGACCUUGUUGUGGUAGAGGAAAAAUGCCUUUUGGUGAAUGUCCAAAAGAAUGUCGUCCAAAAGAUCAUCCAGAAUGGAAUUAUUGUUAA